UUCUUCAGUUGGUAGCAGUCACCAAGAUUUUUCUGAUUUUGAAAGCUAAAAUUUAGUAAUUGUAGUUAAUUUCGCCGCAAAAUAUAUUUUAAUAUUAAUUUUAAGUGUACAUACUUCACGAGUGCGGUAUUGUAAAUAUCAAUCGUACGCUUCAAGCCGUAAAAUUCGGUGUUCCGAUAUCACGUAUUUGUCGCGAAGUGUGGUGUGUUUAUUCCCGAUGCUGUGAUACUUCAGCUGUAUUUUGGCUCUAAAAUGGACAUCGACGUUAGCAAGGAGAACAUCCAGCCGUUGAGAGGCGGCAGAAACUUGGCUCAGCUGGGUACGGCGUUGCAGGCUCAAUCAGAUGUUGAUGCCCAGAGGCAGUUGCAGUUACAAAAAGAGGAGCAUGAGGCUGCUAUCAAUAACUAUCAGGGGCCUGACCCUUUGGAUCCAUGGUUCAAUUACAUACAAUGGGUAGAACAGUGCUACCCAAAACAUGGUCAUGAGGGCCAUAUUGACAAGUUGAUCAAAGACUGCUUGUUAUUGUUUGAGAAAGAUGAAAGGUAUUAUCAAGACAGGAGGCUUGUUAAGCUGUGGAUCAAAUAUGUUGACUGUCUCUCCAACCCCUUGGAGAUAUACCAAAGGCUCUACAACACAGGCAUAGGAGUAGAAUGCUCAGAAUUCUACCGAGCCUGGGCCUGCUACUGCGAGGAGUCUGGAGACUUCAAGAAAGCCAACCAGGUGUACAUGUUAGGGCUCCAGGCUAAAGCGCAGCCCCUGGAUGAGCUUGAACAGGCCCAUAUGAACUUCCAACUAGUCUUCGCACAAAGAAUGCUCCAUGACGAUUCACCAACAAAAAGGAAGGCAGCAUCAGCCCUAGCCGAGACCAGAAUGGCGCUCACGUCCCUAAAAUCGUUCAAGCGACGGAAUAUAGCCAAUGUGCCCAUUCAGCGAGUGGGGGAUAGCAUAAGGAGUGUAGUUCCUGGAGUUGUGCGGCAACAGCACGGAUUUGACUCUAGGACGCCUAAUUCUAAUGUUAUGAUCAGCGUUUAUGAGGAUGCCCCAUCAACCUCACAUUCCGCCGUCCCAAUGGCUGACAAUCCAGGCCCAGCCUCCAUAGUACAAUCGUGCGGCAACAUAGAGAACGAAAAAGAAGUUGGGAUUUGGACCAAUGCCAAAACCAAAAUGGUACACACGAAUGUUGUACCACAUCAGCCUUUGCCUUUUACUCCCUAUGUAGAUGAAGAAGAUGUCCUAAAACUUCCAGCCAACCAUAUGCCUUAUUGUGUAGACGACCUGACGUUUACCGUACCUUUGAAUGUACCUGACCCCGUCGACCCCACAAAAAUUCCGUGUUAUAAUAAGUCUCAGGUAUACGUAGAUAACACUGAAUACAGUUUAGAAGAAAUUAGAUCAAGAAAAUACAACUUAGAAAGGACAUCCAAAGCCGUCUACAACGAAACCGUGGUAGAGGAGCAACGAAACGCUAGCAAAAUAAAUGAAACUUUGGCUCAGUGCAGUGCGCUUGAGACCUUAGCCAACUGCGCUUUAGACGCCGAGCAGGACCAUUUAGGUCAGCUGAUGCCUCUAACCAUGCCUACCAUACAAAAUGUUACCAGAGUAACGAACAUGCACUCACCCGGAGAACCUAAAGUCUUGGUAAAUCUAGAUUCUAAAGAAUUAAGCCAACUGUCUCACAAGAAUGACGAAAACCAGAGACAAGAGAAACAAGACAAGCCUACAGCUUCUAAUAAUAACUAUGGGAAUGAGAAUGCUUGUGGGAAUUAUGGGAAGAAUAAUUUGAUGGAGGAGUUUAAUAGGAGUUUGAUGGGGAAUUUGCUUGGUGACUCGAUCACUAACGUCACCAUGAAUACGAAGGAGGCGCGGUGGGAGCUACGGAACAUUUUCAAUGACAAUGAACCAACCAUGGUGCAACCAGUGGUGCAACAAUUCGACGUGUCCAACAUGAAGUUCGACAUCCACGAAGACAGGUCUAUGACGAUGGCCCUCGCUAAGAAGAAGCAAGACACCGGAGCUCACACCGUACCUCAGGACAAGGAGAACGCGAACAAGUUUAACAGCCCCGAUGCACGGAGUACGGGAAAAAACAUGUAUUUCGAAGAAACCCAAUUCACGCAAGCAUUCAAUUUUGACGUAAAAGACGCUAGUACGCCAAACAUGUCCCAGUUCAAAAAACCGAACAACAUAGACCAUACCAACAAAUUAUCUAAUGUUCCCAAGUUCCAUAUGGAUGAGAGUACUAUAGAGUUACAGAGUGGUAUUGGCAAAAGGGAUGAUUCGCGGCAAAUGGCGGAGCAUGCGACUGUGGAUACGCAGGGCGCUCUUUCAGUUAUUAUGGAAGCUACGAGGGAAUCUAACAGUAAAUCAGGCUCCAGUACGUCCAGUCAAUCUACAAGGAAUAACUACACCAAUUACACCACUACGCCAUUCGAUUCUAUGUACCAUAACGACCAAGGCCCACCAACGGCUUCCAAAAGGAAUUCUAUAUCCACGCAACCACGAUUAGCCAACGGCCAUUUUGCAAGUAGAGCUUACCCGCAGAAGCGAGAGGAGGCAAAACCUCAGCCCUCACCAGCGACACCGUAUUUGUCCCACGACCACCAAUACCAGAAGCCAGCACCACAAAACUUCAACGGCUACACUCCGCAAAGACCAGCCGCCCCACAGGUCAACCCAUAUCAACAAUACGGCUACCAACAAGGAUACCCAAACAACCAGAUCCAACCUCAACAGGGCUACGCAAGCCCUAACCCGAACGUUUACAACAGUCCUCAACACGCGGGCAUUCAGAGCCCUCAUCAGAUGAGCCCUUCCGUCCCUCCCGGCUUCCAAAGCCCGACUUAUCAAUACCAAAACCCGACACAACCUAUGAUGAGCCCUCAACAAGUGUACGCCGGCCGACAGGACUAUUACGGUCAGGAGAGACACGUCUACGCCAAUCAACAGCAACCACCUCCCUUCCAAAGUCCACCCCAUCAAGCCCAGUACCAAAACAACCCCUAUUACCAGAGAACUAGUCAAGUGAGUCAAGUCCCUCCUUCGCCCAAUCAAAGCUAUAACCAACAAAAUUAUCACGGAAUGCACAACCAAUACGGCAACGCUAACAUGUAUCAACAGAAUCAAAACUAUCAGAUGCAGAAUUCGUACCGGCAAUCGCCGAAACCAAUGGAAAAUGGACAAGCUGCCUAUGGAGCGCCGAAUCAGCCAUUCCAAAUUUAUCAAAGCCCUCAACCUCAACGUGCUGCUCAUAACAGCAAUAAUAUGAGUCAUGAGAGUAUUCCGGAGACGCAAGUGAAACAAAGCCCCCACGAACAAAAUGCUAUGAAUAAAGUCAGUCCUCCCAAACCCCCAGUGCCCCAUAAGAGUCCUACAUCAGCUUUAAGAAACGUCCGACACGACCAACCAAAUGUGAAACUCGGCCAGAACUCCCCCGACAUUGGAUUCUCAAACCAGUUCCUCAAUUUCAUAUCCAAUAGGAAUGAACCGAAAGAUAAUGCCAACACGCCUAAAUUCACAAACAGCCCAAGCAUAUCUCAGAAAAUGCAUAAAAACCUUUACGUUUCGAGUCCUGAGCAGGCUCAGAUACCUCCUUCCUCUGGGCUUUCGGACUCUGACAGCAAAGAUGGUUUAACUGCGCAGACGGGUACACCAAUUCAAUCGGCGAAGGUUUCGCACGCUAUUGAGAAACAGAAGGAUAUAUCAAAACGGCAGCUUGACUUCGAGCACAGAGUCGAAUUCCAAUCUGAAGAUAGUAGAGACUCUUUAAGCAAGGAAAGCAGAAUCUCCUCAGUUUACUCCAGACAGUCAGACUUCCAAUCAGAUGGAUACGGAAUGGAUGUGGACAGUGAAAACUCCAUGGAGUGUGCGGCGUAUAAAUCUACGCAUUCGAUCUCAUUAAUAGAAACCACUGACAUACCCAGACCGGCAGACAUUGAGUUCCCAGACGUAAUAGACCCAUUUAACAAAAAAAUGCUGACUUCAUUGUUAGACUAUGUAAAAUUCCCUAAUAAAACACAUGCUGAAGGAUACAAUGAGGUACGAUCAGUACCCAAGUUGCAAGUAGCGACGACGAUAGGAGUUGGAAACAAUAAAUUCGCCGUCGAAAAGCAGCUAGGCAAAGGGAAUUAUGGCGCCGUGUUUUUGUGCUUAGACGUACAUAGCAACCGGUCUGUGGCCGUGAAAUAUCAGAAACCUGCCAGGCCUUGGGAGUUUUAUAUCUGCCAGGAAAUCAAAGCGAGGAUAAAGGAUCCCUUCAUGCUACCAGGCUACAUGGACAUCACAACAGCUUUCAUCGGAGACAACGCUAGUUUAUUUGUGUCCGAAUACUCAAAAUACGGGUCCCUAUUGGACGUCGCCAACAAAAUCCGAAUGGCUACCUCAAAGUGUAUUAACGAAUUCAUAGUCUUCCUGCUGACUGCUGAAAUGUUGUCGAUAGUUCAUUAUUUGCAUAAAGCUCAAAUUAUCCAUGCUGAUAUAAAACCUGAUAAUUUCUUGUUGAUGAAAAUACCUUCGCAAGAAUGGAGGACCCCGUCUCUGCAGCUGAUUGACCUGGGAUGCUCCAUCGACAUGUCCUUGUUCCCUGAAGGAACAACGUUUAGAGAGCUCAUAGCAACAGAAGGCUUCACAUGCACCGAGAUGAGAGAAGGGAAACCUUGGACUUACCAGACAGACCUAUACUGCCUCGCCGGGACUAUACAUGUUAUUCUGAUGGGCAGUUAUAUGAAGGUAGCUAAUCGCCUAGGCCAGUGGAAUAUAGAGAAGAAAUUGCCUCGAUAUAUGAAGAAUUUAUGGGACAAAAUAUUCACGACACUGCUUAAUGUACCAGACUGUAACAAUUUGCCCGACCUCAUGGCGCUGAAGGAAGACAUAGACAAACUAUUAAGUUCAAGUGGUUCAACUGAUGUUUUAAGCUCCCAGCUCCGUACCUUUGCUAACGUGCUUAAAUCUAGGUAAAUGCAAAUGGUUUAGAUUGUAUUUAUUGCAUUUAGAUAUUAUGGCAAUUGUAAAAAAUGAUAUAAUUAAUUAAAUAUACAAACUAUUUUUAAGUUUUAAAUUUUCAUGAACUGUCAUCCCUAUAGAAUAGAGUGCAAGAUACAAAGCCACGCUUAGCAUAGCAAGACCUUGUUUUGGGAUGAUAAAAUGACAUUGGAAUCUGUACUGAAUUACACAUACAGCAUUGAGUUAAGCGUGGAAUAAUAAGUAAUUUUUUCAAUAUUUAUUGGCCAGAGAAAUAACGAGUUUGUUCAUAAACUUAGGAGUUGUCAGCAAGAUGUAUUGAUGUUCAUUAUCAGAGAAUGUUACUAAGAUCAUUCCAAUUAUACUCACUCAGCAUUAUAAUAAGGGACAUUGGUAUAGUGGUUGUUACCACAAUUUGACAGCAGAAAUAGAUGGCACUGUAUGAUCCACUGCAUUAUGCAGUAACAAUCUGGUUACCACAAAAUAUGUAAAUUUGAGGCUACAAUAAUUUGCAUCACUACACAUUUUUGUAUUCCUUGGUUUAUGGUGCUUGAAGUAAAUAUGGUCUUGCUGCCAACUCUUAAUUCACAUUAGGCAGUUACAUUUGCUAAUGGAAUAUAUCACUCCUCUAUUAAGAAAGCAAUAAGUAUUAUAUCAGACCUAAUUACUUAUGUCCUUGUUGUGUUUAGUUAAAUUGUGAUAUUGUCAUUUGUUUUCCUAGUAUAAAAAAUAAAAUGAAACUGCUUAGAUAUUAACUUGUUAGCUUUAUUAAUGACUGUUCCAACAUUACUUAUGUUUCAAUUAUUUUUGUAUAAAAUGUGCACUUCACAUUUCUGUUUGACUGUACCUACUGAAAAUAAUAAACUUAUCUGGUUGAACUGAUAA